AUGAAUAUAGAUAAAUGCAUUUGUGUUGAAGAUUUUGAACGACUGGCUGCAAAAAAAUUAUCAAAAAAAGUUUCUGAAUUUAUUAGCAUUGGUGCAACUAAUGAACAAACUUUAAAAGAGAAUUGUUCGGCUUUCAAAUCAUGGCGUUUUCAACCGAAAGUUCUGAGGGAUGUUUCACAAAUUGAUACUAGUAGUUUUAUACUUGGAAGUAAAAUUGCUUUCCCUGUGUGUAUAGCCCCGUUUGGUCUUCACAAAAUGGCAUCUAAAAACGGCGAAAUUGACACUGCAAGAGCCGCGGAAAGCGUUGGUACCGGUUUCGUCAUGGGCACUUGGUCGUCAUGCACGAUUGAACAAAUUGCUGAAAAAGUUCCGAAAUGUUUAAGAUGGUUUCAGUUGUAUGUUGUGAAUGAUAGGGAUGUUGUAAAAACUUUAAUUCAAAGAGCUGAGCAGAAUGGAUACUGUGCUAUUGUAGUUACAGUCGAUGUGAUGGCGGUCGGCAAACGUUUCACUGUUCUACGAAACGAGUUGUCAUGGCGGCAGGAUUUGCCGCCAGGUAAUUUUGAGGACGGAUAUCUUAAUCGGAAUUCAGAAAAUGACAAAGAUGUUGAUUUAAAUAUUGAUCAAACAAUCAAUUGGGAUGAUAUUGAUUGGAUAAGAAGUAUCACGAAUCUGCCAAUUAUAAUCAAAGGAAUAAUAACAGUCGAAAUGGCCUUGGAAGCGGUGGACCAUGAAGUAGACGGAAUAAUUGUUUCAAAUCAUGGAGGCCGUUGUUUGGAUUCUACGUUACCAGCUAUUCAUGCUCUUCCUAAAAUUAUGAAAUCGGUAAAAGGUAGAUGCGAAAUUUAUCUUGAUAGUGGGAUUAGAAACGGCGCCGAUGUGGUAAAAGCAAUUGCCCUUGGUGCGAAAGCUGUAUUUGUAGGAAGACCGAUAUUAUGGGGUCUGACAUGUGCCGGUGAGGAGGGUGCUCGCAGAGUUUUAGAAAUUUUACGAGAUGAAUUCGAAACGACCAUGAAGCUUUUAGGAGUGGUUUCGAUCGCUGAUUUGCAAUCGAAUCGAGAUCUUGUUGUCUACAAGUCGAAACUUUUAUCCCAAUUGUAG